AUGGGUUUCCUGCGCAGCGUGCUUCUGGGCCAAGGGGGCGAAAAGAUGCACCCGACGGGGAGCUUCUCCGACUUCGGGAUGCACGUUCAGCUCGACGGCGAGAAGGAGCUCCACGCCCCUCCGGCGCACCUGGUGUCCGGCGCUCGCACGACGAACGACGCGACGGAGUCGCCCCGCGCGUCCGGCGGGGACCUCUCUCCUGCGUCGAGCCAGAAGCACCUCAACGUGGGCACGGCCAACCCGUGGGAGUCCGUCUUCAACCCCGGGCGCACGCCCAACGUCUCCCAGAAGCGUCUGAACGUCCCCACCCAGUACGACAAGCCCGAGGGCGACUCCCCGAGCGUCUGGGAGUACAUCCGCCGCUCGGAGGCCGCCAAGCCCCCCCCGCCCGCGGAGUAG